AUGAACAGUGCUGAAGACCCCAGCUGUCUACGGCUGCUACACAAGGACCCCUGUCAUCCAGGACCACAGCCCACAGUCCUCUCCUGCCCACAGGAUGGGAACCUGGGGGCUGGGGGCCCAGCCAUGAGGGACUACUGCCCCUCCCAGCAAAAGGCUACCCCUGCACCCCACAGGCACACCCCUGACCAAGGCUCAGGCAUGGACUCCAGCCACAGCAGCCCCAGUGUGGCUGGGGAAGGGGCUUCCUGCUCUGAGGGACCUGGUGGGAGCUUGGCUUGUCCCCCAUCAGCCUACAUCCCUCCCCAAGAAGUAGCCUCCAAAGGCACGUUGAAGGUACAGGAAGCCUCAGUCUCAGGAACAUCAGAAACCACCUUCUCUGGAAGGCCAGGAAUUUCAAAGGCAGAGCCUGUGUCCUCAGUGAAAAUUGAUCCUAAAUCCUCAGAGACCAGAAAUCCUAUGUUCUUAGAAAAAAUGGAUCCUAACUCUUCAAAAGUGGAUUCCACUUCCACAGCCAAGGAUGAUGCUGCAUCCUCAAGGAAGACAGACUCUGUGGUUAUAGAACAGGCAGAGCCUGCCAUCCUGGGCAAGGGGGAUCCUGUGUCUUCUGGAAAGGUUGAACCUGAAUCCUUGGGAAAGGAGGAUCAUAUUUCUUCUAGCAGAGUGAAUACAAUGUCCCCAAGGAAGGAGGACACUGAGUCUCUGAGGAAAGGGGAACCUGUGUCCUCAGGUAAAGUGGAGUCUGCAGCCCCGAGACAGGAGGAUCCGAGAUGUUCAGAAGAAGAGCAUCCCAUGUCCUCAGAAAAAGUGGGCCCUGCAUCCUCUGGGAAUGCAGAUCGUGGGUCCUCAGGAAAGAACACCAGUUCUGUAUCAGUAGGAAAGAGAGAUCCUGGGUCCCUGGAAAAGCUGCCUAGUGGAUCCCUGGACAAGACCGAGCUAGUGUUGUGUGGAACAGGGGAGCCUGGGCCCUCAGGAAAGGAGGAUCCUACAUCUAAGGGAAAUGACAAAACUGUGUCCUCCACAAAAGAAGACCCCAAGUUCCUGGAAAAGAUGGAUCAUGCCUCGUCAGGAAAGGGGGAUCCUAUCUCCAUGAGAAUGUUGGGAGCCGUAUCUACUGGGCAAGCCGACCCAGUGUUUUCAGGGAAGAUGGAUCCUACAUCUUUGAAAAAUGUGGAGCCUAUGUCUUCAGAUAAGGUGGGUUCUGUUUCCUUAGAAAAAAUUAGUCCCGUGUCCUCGGGAAAGCCAGAGCCCUCGUCUUCUGGGCAGGCUGAGCCUGUGUAUGUGGGAAAGACAGAACCUGCAUCCUCAGGGAAAGGGACCCCUGUGCCCUCCAGGAGCGUGGAUUCCAUUUCUGUGGGGAACGUAAAAGCAGCAUCUUCCAGAAAAGGGGAUCCAGACUCUUUGGGGAAGAUAAGCCCCUUGUCCUCAGGUCCAGGAGAUUCCAGUUCCUUGGGGACUGCAGGACUCUCGUCUUCAGUGAGAGCUGACACAGUGAUUGGGGGGAAAGUGGGUCCACUGCCCUUGGAGAAGGCAGAUUCUGUGGCCUCUAGGAAGACUGAGUCCUUGACAUUGGGAAAGGGGGGCCCUGCAAAGACCAGGGGAGACCCUGAAGCUAGCCCGUCUGGAGUAGACUCUGUGUCUUUAGGAAAAACAGUUCCCAUGUCCUUGGGGAAGGGAGAUCCCCUGUCCCCAGGAAAAGCAGCACCAGCCCCAGAGAGAAAAGUGGAGCCUCCACCUCCAGAGAUGGGGAAUCCUGUGAACUCCACAAAGGUGCACCCCAGUACCUCAGGGAAAACAGAGCCGACUGAGACAUCUGAGGGCAAAGAAAUGAAGCCGCCUGAGAAAGAGGACUUCACCUCAUCAGGAAAAGCAGAGGCUGUGGUUUUGCAAAAGGAAAAGCAAGUGGCCUCGGUGGAUCUCGGCUCUUCUGGAAAAGCAGACCCCAUUGCCUCUGGGAAGGCAUCUUCUGCGUCUCCAUCUCUGAGAAAACCUGAGUCCGUAGCCUUGGGAAAAGUGGCAACUCUGACUCCUACUGCCGAAGUUUCCUUCAGGCAGUCAGAUGACAAACCCCGGGUUGCAGCUGCUUCACCCGAGGUUGGGAACAGUGGGAACCGCGCAGAACCAGAACUCCCACACACAGGGGCUUCAGGCCUCGGUCCUAAAGACUUGGUCGCCACUGGGGCAAAAAGCCCCGGCCUUGGAGCCACAGUGCCCUCACCUGGGCCGCGGACUCGCGACAACUUCACCAAGGCGCCAUCCUGGGAAGCGAGUGCCCUCCCGCCUCCACGCGAGGACGCUGGCACACAGGCAGGGGCGCAUGCGUGUGUCUCGGUGGCCGUGAGCCCCAUGUCUCCGCAGGACGGCGCGGGGGGCCCGGCCUUCAGCUUCCAGGCGGCGCCCCGAGCGCCCAGCCCUGUACCCAGGCCACCUUCACGCCGUGAUGCGGGCCUGCAGGUGUCCCUGGGUGCUGCCGAGACGCGCUCUGUGGCCACUGGGCCCAUGACGCCGCAGGCCGCCGCACCUCCAGUCUUCCCCGAAGUGAGGGUGCGGCCUGGCUCCGUACUGGCGGCCGCUGUGGCACCCCAAGAGGCGGCUGAGCCUGUGCGCGAUGUAAGCUGGGACGAGAAGGGCAUGACGUGGGAGGUGUAUGGUGCCUCCAUGGAGGUAGAGGUGCUGGGCAUGGCUAUUCAGAAGCAUUUGGAGCGGCAGAUCGAGGAGCACGGCCGGCAAGGGGCAACUUCACCACCAUCCUCGGCCCGCCCGGGGCCUGGCCGCUCUGGCUCUGUGCGGGCAGCGCCCCCCGAAGGCACAGCCAAGCGCCCGCCGGGGCUUUUCCGUGCGCUGCUGCAGAGUGUACGGAGGCCGCGGUGCUGCUCUCGGGCCGGACCCACGGCCGAGUAA